AUGCAUAAGCAUGUGGCUCCUAUUGCAUCUUUUCUAGAGGACUUCAAACAGAACAAGGUUACCAGACGUGAUAUCAUACGCAGGCUUUCACAAAACAUAGAUCUAGUUGAUAGCGUACCGUUAUCGAAGGCAACAGCACCCACUCAAAGUCGAUACACAGUUGCUCGGAGGCAUCUCCAGGACAUAAAGGAUGACCUUGGCCAGCCAUUAUACUACCUCUGCAUCAUUGCCUCCUCUGUGACAGCACUCCACCAGUACAGUCGGUCUGGCUUCCAAGGUGCCCUGGAGGCAUGGGCUAAGGAGGCGGACAUUCCGCUAAAUUUUCUUGGAAGCGCACGACAGGCGGUCGAAGAAUAUGUGGCGAACUACACUCCGAGUACUAUCGCACCUCAUCCGAAGCGUCCUCGAGAAACAAGUGAAGGCAGGCAGCAAUCUUCGAACGAAGCAGACCAAGGGACGCGGAAGAAAUCAAGGUUCGAUGAAGAGGAGAAAUCCUUGGAACGCCAAGAGGAGUCUCCAUCACCCCAAUACAUCGCUCAACAGAACCACGAUACAUCGGGCAAUUACGAACAUUACUUUACGACCGCCCAGAAUGAUGCGCCCCAGUACCUGUCCAACCAACCCCAAGGUAGCACGACCACCAUCCCUACAGAACUCCCGCCGAAUCCGAUUAUUGGAAACGUCAUCGAGAGUGAAGCCUAUCACGCCACCGCAACUGAAGACGAGAAUGUUGGCGAUGAGGACGUAAUACCCUCCCAUAUAUUGAAUGAUUACCGCCCUUACGUAGUAGUGCAAGCUGAUGGUAUCCCUUCCGACUGCUCGUCUCCAAGUUCACUCUGA